CCUCCCAGCUGGACCAGUGGGGAGUGAAAUGGGAGCCAGGCUCUUAAAGUUAGUCCAGAAAUUCGCGGAGUUACAGAUGUCUCCACGUACCCUUUCCAUUUUUGUACGAGCUCUGCAGAAAUGCUGUAAUAUUGUUGUCGCUCCAAGAACAGAAGAACUUCUGAAACUAGUUAUCUACCUUAGAGAAGAGCUGCAAUACAUAACCAGUGCUGUAGAGCUGGAAGAACAGCUUCGUGGAAGUACAGUUCUUCAGAUAAGAGAGUUAAAAGCCUUUUGUACUCUUGUUUUUACCAUAGCAAGUGAUUUUUUUUCCCCAGACAGCAAGCUUGGGAAAACUGAACUGAAGGUGGUUCGUUGAAUUGAGCUUUGUUUUAAUUGUGGGUUACGCUGAGACUGUCUCGCAAUGUCAGCUGUGAUCAUGGAACUGGAUCAACUUUCUUCAGAUGAGAGGGAGAGCAGAAAGGAUUCAGAGUCAGAUUUUAAGGCAGGCAAAUUGAGGGAAUUCUGUGCCGAGUAUCGUGGGUUUCAACUUCCCUGCUCCCAUUCUGCACCAGCUGGUAUGAAUACAAGCAAGAGCGAGACGGUGAAAGAGCACCCAUUGAAACCCUCUAGAAGAUCUAUGCCAUGCUUAGCGCAGAGCCAAACGCAUCCUCAGAGUCUGAGCAAGCAUUCUUCCUUCCUGCAGCCAAAUCGUGUGCAGCCACAGCCUCAGCCUCUGAGUGCAGGAACAUCUACAGCUACCGUUGAUGUAGUGUCAGAACGAGCUAAAGUGAUGGAGACUUUGGAAAACAACUUGCUCAAGCUGUCUAGUACAGAAUACACUGAUCCAUUUUCAGACAUAGGAAAGGAUAAAGACACAUACACAGAUGAUUCAGAACACGGGAAUUACGAUGUUCGUACAGAUCAGUCAUUGCUUAUUCAAAGCAAGCUCACCAGACAGAAAACAGAACCUCGAACUAAAUCAUCUUUAAAGUCUGAUGCCAUGGCAUCGUCAGGCCUCUUCUUCAAAGACGGCAAGAAACGCAUUGAUUACAUCCUGGUCUACAAAAAGUCAAGUCUACAGGUAGAAAAAAGAAGCACGUUUGAGAAGAAUUUGCGAGCAGAAGGUCUGAUGUUAGAACGAGAGCCAGCUGUUACAAACAGCGAUAUCAUGUUUGUUAAAAUUCACUGUCCGUGGGAGACGUUGUGCAAAUAUGCAGAAAGAAUGAACAUCAGGAUGCCUUUCAGGAAAAAAUGUUAUUACACUGACUGGAGGAGCAAAACCAUGGGCAGUUUGCAGAGGAAUAUGAGAGAGCUGAAAAGUUGGUUGCCCAGAAAUCCAAUGAAGCUUGAUAAGGAAGCCCUACCAGAUCUCGAGGAAACAGAUUGCUACACAGCACCCUUUAGUCGUGCGCGCAUACACCACUUUACCAUAAACAACAAAGACAGCUUCUUCAGCAACUCUACAAGAAGCAGAAUUGUGCAUCACAUGCUACAGAGAACCAAGUAUGAAGAUGGAAAAUCCAAAAUGGGUAUUAAUAGAUUGCUAAACAAUGGAACAUAUGAAGCAGCAUUUCCACCACAUGAGGGAAGCCACAAAAGCAGACAUCCCAUCAAAACGCAUGGAGCUCAGAAUCACAGACACCUCUUGUAUGAGCGUUGGGCACGGUGGGGAAUGUGGUACAAGUAUCAACCUCUUGAUUUAAUCAGGCGAUAUUUCGGUGAAAAAAUCGGACUGUAUUUUGCCUGGUUGGGUUGGUAUACUGGAAUGCUGAUUCCUGCUGCCCUGGUUGGACUCUUUGUUUUCCUCUAUGGUCUGUUUACGAUGGAUUCCAGCCAAGUAAGCAAAGAGAUCUGCGAGGCAAAUGAAACCAUCAUGUGCCCUAUGUGUGAACGCAAUUGCACGCUACAGAAGCUCAAUGAAAGCUGCAUAUACGCCAAGGUUACACAUUUGUUUGAUAACGGAGGGACUGUCUUCUUUGCUAUUUUCAUGGCAAUCUGGGCUACAGUCUUUCUGGAGUUUUGGAAAAGACGGAGAGCUGUAUUAACCUAUGACUGGGACCUCAUAGAUUGGGAAGAUGAAGAGGAAGAACUGCGCCCUCAGUUUGAAGCUAAAUAUUCCCAAGUGGAAAGAGUAAAUCCCAUCACAGGAAAACCUGAACCUUUUCAGCCUUUCCCUGACAAGCUCAGUCGACUGAUGGUGUCUGUCUCAGGAAUAUUCUUCAUGAUUUCACUCGUCCUCACUGCAGUUUUUGCAGUCGUGGUGUAUCGUCUGGUAGCCAUGGAACAAUUUGCUUCUUUCAAGUGGUAUUUCAUCAAGAAGUACUGGCAGUUUGCAACAUCUGGCACCGGAGUCUGCAUCAAUUUUAUGAUCAUCAUGUCACUCAAUGUUGUGUAUGAAAAGGUUGCCUAUCUCCUGACAGAUUUAGAGCACCCGAGGACAGAGUCUGAAUGGGAAAACAGCUUUGCCUUGAAGAUGUUCCUCUUCCAGUUCGUCAACUUGAACAGCUCCAUCUUUUACAUAGCCUUUUUUCUUGGCAGAUUUGCAGGCCGCCCAGGAAAGUACAACAAGCUUUUCAACAGAUGGAGACUGGAAGAGUGUCAUCCGAGUGGCUGCUUGAUAGAUCUGUGUUUGCAGAUGGGAGUUAUUAUGGUUUUGAAACAAAUGUGGAACAACUUUAUGGAGCUAGGCUAUCCUUUAUUGCAGAAUUGGUGGUCACGACGCAAAAUGAAGAGAAGAGGACAAUCAAUGGAGCAUAAAAUUUCUCUACCUCAGUGGGAAAAAGAUUGGAAUCUGCAGCCUAUGAAUCUCCAUGGUUUAAUGGAUGAGUAUUUGGAGAUGGUGUUACAGUUUGGCUUCACCACCAUCUUUGUUGCUGCCUUCCCACUGGCACCCCUCCUGGCAUUGCUGAACAAUAUCAUAGAAAUAAGAUUAGAUGCAUAUAAGUUUGUGACUCAGUGGCGAAGACCUAUGCCUGCAAGAGCAACGGAUAUAGGUAUCUGGUAUGGGAUUCUUGAAGGAAUUGGAGUUCUGGCUGUCAUCACCAACGCCUUUGUUAUUGCCAUUACUUCCGAUUACAUUCCACGUUUUGUCUAUGCAUAUAAAUACGGCCCCUGUACAGAUCAAGGAUAUAGACAAGAAAAAUGCCUAAAAGGAUAUGUCAACAGCAGCUUAUCAGUGUUUGAUCUGAGUGAACUUGGAAUGGGAUAUUCAGGAUACUGCCGGUACAGAGAUUAUAGAGCCCCCCCGUGGAGUUCAACUCCCUAUGAGUUCACUUUGCAGUUCUGGCAUGUUCUGGCGGCACGACUGGCCUUCAUUAUCGUUUUUGAGCACCUCGUUUUUGGAAUCAAGUCUUUCAUUGCUUACCUGAUUCCAGACAUGCCCAAAGACUUGUGCGACAGAAUGAGGAGAGAGAAGUACUUAGUCCAGGAAAUGAUGUAUGAGGCUGAACUCGAGCAUUUGCAGAGAGAAAGAAAAAAGAAUGGGAAACAGUAUCACCACGAAUGGCCUUAGUCAAUACCAUGCUGCAACAGAAACGCUGUUUGGAGACUGAAGAGUGUGAUUUCGAAAUGAAGUCAGUCUUGCAUCAGUGUGUGCGAUUCAAAGUGUAUAUAUGUUCUUGUUGGGCUGGACAGUUGCAGGCUUUGGUGGGAAGUGGAAAACAGGUGCUUCCAAUGAAGAAAAUGAAGAGCCUUAUCUGUAACCGGUCCGUGAGGUGAGCGCCCGGGAGAACUGGCACUCAGGAAUGUGCAGCAGAUAAAAAAAAUUUGGACGCUGAUUUUAAAAUGGCAACGAGUCUUAAUGCUGUUCGUGAAGAUGCUAACAGCGUAAUGAAAAUAGAAAAUUACCUAUAAACUUAUACAGUAAGGGCAUGACUAAAAACAAAUUACAUGGUAUCCACUACAGCUUCUGAUUGCUCAGCUGCAUCUGUAAUGCCUCUGAAGAAAAAAAAACAGUCGUUGCCUUUGUGGCCAUAACUUGAUAUCAACGAUCCUUCAGGCUUAUUGUUUCGUCAGGUUUGUCCUAGUCUCUCGUUGAGAUUGUGGAUGUGGUCCUACCCUAAAAACUGGGUAUAUGGCUGCUUAAUAUAUACUAUGCAGUUUAAGGUUUGCACAUCAUUGUCACUAAUUUAUCCUUCUAGUUGAAAACCAAAAAUUCUAAAUUCAAAGAGAAGACAGCAGCACUAGAGCGCAUUGCAUUGCCCACAUUGCAGCUGCAUUUGAAAAUGACAUGGCUGUGAGUUUCUUUCCACUUUUUUGUGCAGAAAGGCCACCUCCACACACAUCGAGGAUGAAAGAACUGUCAUUUCCGUGCUCUGCUGUAGCAUGCAGAUGUCUAACUGUGUUACUGUUCUCUUUGACCCGUCUGAGCAAUGAUUCCGUGACUUCACAGAAUGCUAACUUGAAAUAUUCUAAUACAGUGCAAAUUACUUCGUUCUGAAUAUACAGUUAACUAUCUAUAGUAUGCAAGCUUAUGCAGAUAUGCAUCAGACGUACAGUAUAGCAUUUUGACUUGCUUGUUCAGGGAAGGAGAAGCUGAGCACCUUAUAACAAUGCUCUUCUUAUUGUAACAGUAAAUGUUCCAGUAACGUGCACUUCUUUUAUGGGGCUAAAUAAGUCAAAGUAUGGGAAUUAGACACAGGCAGAUGUGUAUACAGAUUGUAUAUAAAAGCACACACACACGGUGGUUACUUUUAGAAUUUUUAUUAUUAUUUGUAUGCCUUCUUACAGUCUGGGGGAGCUCGUUGUAUAAAAUCACUAGAAAAAGUAGACACUCGUGUUAAGAACCAAAUUUCAGGUUUUUUGUGCGUACAGUGUCAGGUAGUGUUGCUUAUGGUUAUAGUCACAUUUUGUUGAUGAAAUUGUCUAUUAACAUUUCGUAGUGUGCAAAAAGAUAAGCACUUAAUUUGAAAAAUCUGAGCAAGCGAGCAGAGUUCACUUGCAGCGUAGAGAGUGGGGAAACAGAAUUGCAGUCAUCCGCUUUAUCUUGUCCAACAUCAAACAAUGCUCCAUUAUACUGAAUGAGAAGAAAAAAAAGAACAACAACAACAAAAAAAAAACCCAGAGCCACCAAAUCAUUCUGACUUAAUACAUCUAUGUUAUUUUAGAGAUAAAGCUGCAGUUACACUGGUGACAGAUACAAAAAGACCUGAAAUUUUAUUUGAUAAAUGCCAUCUUGAGCCACUAAGUGUCAUUCUAGUAUUUACUGACAUGUUAGAACAAAACUUCUUUUUAAAUUAUUAUUACACCACCUAAAAUGAGUUUUAAGAGCCCAUUUAAUAGUUGAGCGGAAUCUAUUGUAUCCAGUGGACUUUAGCAUCAAAGUUUGAGUUCUUUACACGUUUCACUAUAUUCAUGAAAUUUCUUGGUUAAUUCCAGCUUAAUGUGACCUGACAAGGCAACUAUAGGAGUAUCUACAGUAUUGCACAAAGGAGGAAGGAAAUGGAAAGGUAUGAUUUAAUCAGACGUAUUAGCAGUUAGUACUUUGAUAAUGGGCUAUCGGAACUCAGCUUUCCGUAUUUUGGAAAGGCUGGUUAUUUUCCUUUAUAUUUUGUAAAGUUCCUCAGGAGUCCUUAUCAGAAAUAUCAGCACUCUCCUCGGUGCUUAUGGAUUCACACGAUUUAAUUUUAUUUAUUCUCUCCCUGUUUCGUACUGUGGAAUAUCAAGCACCGCUUGACAGCAUUAACCGUGUGUCACAGGUUCUGUUUCUGUGCCGUGUAGUGAAAAUACUUCAGUUCUUCAGAAGGUCACAGUUCAGCUCCCUUUUUAAAGUUCUCUCUAAAAGCAAAAUGCCUUGGCUGGCCCAAGGUAAAAAGAUUCAGGAGAAAAAUUGGCAAAAAUCAGAACUGUUGAUUAUUUUGUGCUUUUUUUCAUUUCUGCUGUGGAUAUUGGCACAAGUCAAAACAGGCAAAUUCCAGCCGAACGUCAAAGUGCACAUGACGGAAAACUUUUUUUGUAUUUGAGUAUGAUUUUGGAUUUAAAUAUUUAUAUUCUUAAUAAUUUUCAGCACUGGUGUAUAGAAGUAGUUUGAAGGCAAGUAUGUAGAUCUGACAUUGCAGUUGAUGCACUGGAAAAGCACAAGAAAUUCUGGAGAAACACUGUGUGUACCUUUAUAUCUGAAGGACGUGAACAAAGUGUAAAGGUUUUGCCACUAAUAGCCAUUUGCUUAAGCUGAGAACUUUUUGCUAGACUUUGUUUAGUACUAUGCUAUCUGCAUUGACUGCACGUAAUUUUACUGAAGUACAAGGCACACACUGUCCUCAGGAAUACUGUAUUUUAUGAAUGGUGAAUGAUCUUUUCAUAUUCUAGGUAUUGUCUUUCCAAACGAAUGACCAGUAUGAAUAGACUGUGCAUGCAAGCUGCGUUUGUGAAACCCGACAAAGCUUUAGAACUUAAAUUUGUGCAAAAAUGCUUCAGAUCACUGCUGAUCUAAUCUAUGACAAUUUUGCUCUAUGCAUGCGCCCUUACAGAGACUGCAUGAGCAGCUAGAUAUUCUUAAAUACAAACGAUGAGUCCAAAAUGUCUUAAUUAUUCCUAACCAAAUUCAGCGUCUUGAUGCAGACAAAAGAAAUUUCCAUUUCAGCAACUGUGAAAAAUUGACACACGUUAUACAUAUUUCUAGUUACUUUUCAUUCCAAAUUUGUGCCUACUGUGUGAGAUCUGAAUUCUGGUGAGCGAAAAAGGGGGGAAAAAGAAGGCAUGGAAAUGAAAUGGAUCCAAAGAACUCUGUUUCAUUAGCCUUCCUAAUGAGAAGUUCCUUCUUGGAGCUCAGCAUCCCUGUCUGCGGAGGUGGAUGCAUCCAGUGCUCAGUGUUUACAGCUGAGUGCCAACAGGGAUGCCUGCAGAUUGAGCAAAGGCUCUCUAUUUGCUCUGCUGUAAUUUGAUUUUCGUACAAUGGAGUGAUUGGGCAUCCUGAUGGAGCACUAAUAUUUUGAAACAAGGCAGACCACGUGAUGGCCAAUUUUCUUUCCAACCUCCUUUUUACCAAAGCAUUUAUAGAGAAAAUUUAGAUGAGAGCUUAAGUUAAUAUUGAUGAUGACCCUAAAUUUCCAUAGUAAUGUUGGAUGACAGAUGGUUUGUAGUUUUUUUAGAUCUUUCUUUAGAAGCAGAUAUAUUCGUUCCUACAAAGCAGAUGCAUCAGCUCUUACUAUGCCCUCUUCUGAUAGCAAUUUGACUUAAAUCAUGUUUUUAGGAUCACUUAGGCUCCGUUGUAUUCCAAAGAAAACUCAAAAGGCAAAUGUUUGGAGGGUCGAGUGAAGAUAGCUGAAUAGAUGCAUACCUUAAUGCAUAAAUUCAUUAAUUUCCUGGGGUUUUCUUCAUGAAGGAAAGUAUCUUGGGAAACAAGAUUUAGGGUGAGUGUUAAUACAGGGAAAGGCAUGUAUUCAUGAUAUUUUUUUCUUACUGUGUCAUUAGGACGAUCAGUGCACAUCUGUGGUUUCCUUAUUUUGGCUUCUUCUGCAGACUCCAAAUGCUUGUGCUGCCAGAGAGAAUGGCUGGAGCCGUGCAGUUCAGUUUCAUUAGGACUAUUACAAACUAGAUUUUUUUACAUACACUGAGUAACGGUCGAACCAAACUCUUAUAAACAGCUGCAUAUGAAGGCAGUCAAAUUAAUGGAAAUCAAUCACACUUUCUAUUUAGCAUUACGUAGAAGAAAAGGGACUGAUAUAAAAACAGUGAUCAGCGUAUCAGCGAUCACUUAAAGUUGCAUUCAUACUUCCAGAUGCAUUUUAUUUUUUUGCUAUCUUCGUAAACCGCUGAUGUUGAUUUUGGGGGGGGUUAAAGCUUGAAGCAAAUUUAUAACCAACCAUUCGUAACAAUGUGUAUUUCGUGUUACAGCUGACACUAGAAUUCAGAGAGCCGCAUCUAGGCAGACUUUUGAGAAAGAUGAAGUAAGUUAUUUUGUUAGUUCUAAUGCAUAGUUUGACUGAAGCGUAAGCAGUAACAAGUGUUUAAGUGACUUGCAGACCUGAAUUCCUGUGGCAGCAAAUGUAGCGGCUUUCAAAGAUCUCUUUAUCUUUUUGUGCUCAACCUCAUACUGGUUAAAGCCCGCCUCCUGCUGCAGUAAAAUGGAACAAACCAGCAUUCUGAGGCUGGGGAUGAGCAGAGGAAGGAGAGCUCUUGCGUUCGUUUCAGCUAGUUUUGCUCCAGAGCCCCUUAGCGGUUCUGCAAAAUGAGGGGUCGAAACUGGAGCACGGUGACAACCCCUGCCAUCCUUUUCCUUUUCUCCUCUUCUUUACUUAUCCACAGUGUUUUAUUAAAUGAUGCCUUCUUGCUGACGGUCCGAUUUCAAGAGCAGUUGCCUGACCCAAAGUACUCAAAGUGCAAACAGAAGCCGAAACAGAAGUGUUCCCAAACGAGCCUGUCCAGUGCUUGUCCCCAGCUGGUACGCACUGGAUGGAGCGGUGCGAGGAAGCACACGGUGUCUGUGUCUGCUGCUAGGCCACUUCUGUCACUUUCCCAAGCACUAUCUUUUGCACUCCUUCUGUCCCUCCCUGCAUGUACGCACAUGUCCUGAAGGCACUACCUAAUCUUGGCAUUUUGAAAUUGAUAUGAAUAGGCUCAUAUCGACAAUUUUUCUCCAAUUCUGACAUUACAACAUAUUCACUAGAAGUUUACAUUGAUAUAAUUUUGACAUAGCCGUGAUAGCACAACGUUACCACAGCAGCACAAAUUUAUAACGGCACAACAAAGAACUGUAGAGAAAUCCCUUUGCUAUUCCGUGUUAUGCAGGAACUUUCUUAAUCCAGUACUGGGAUUUUGCCUUGAAAUGUUAAUGGAACACCCCCUCCUCACUGCACUGAAAAUUUCCUUUUGGUAGUUCUGUUGGCUCAUUCUAACUUCUUGCCAUAACCUCUGUAACACUAAAUGUUCCCUGUAGUAUGCUCUUUAAUUGCCGUGAACUAGUCGCUGGGAUGCUACUAGAUGAGAAAUGAGGAUUAAACCCAAUGCGGUCUGAAGCGAAUGAGAUUUUAAGCACUGAGAACUUGAGAAUUUUUCUGUUUAAAAUUUUUAAAAAAUUCAGAUCACCUUUUUAUUUAAUGUUCUAUUUAGAAGACUUGGAAUUUUGUAUUGAAAAAAAUCUACACAACUGUCGAUUCUAAUUUUUACCUAGGGUAGUAUCACUGAAAUUUCAGUUGUUAGAAAUAAUCUCAUGUAAAAUCUACAUAAUAUAGUUCAGCCAUUUUUACUCUGAUAGUCCUGGCUAACUUGCAAUAUCGUGAUCGUAAGAGAUUUCUUAAAAUGUGUAUAUAUUUGAAAUUUAUGUACUAUUUAAAUACAACUUGGUUUCUAAGUAAGAAGUGAGAGUACAGUUUCAGCUAUUUUUUCUAUUCAUAAUUCCAAACUUUGUAAGUAACAUUUAAAAUAAGAUUACCACCAAGUGUUUCAGAGAAAUUAACUUUUAUGCACUACAAGCUAGAAGUUCCUCUGGCCUGUCAGCUUUCACUUUCUUUUGGGUUUAAGGUUACUCUUACAAGCUGGUGUGUGCCCCAGAACUAAAAGAAAUCACUGAGGAAAUGUUGUUGAUAUGAUUAACUAUUGUAAGACACUUUUGGCAUAAAUUUGUCUUUGAGAUGCUGUUUACUUUAUCAAGGUUUACAUGUACAAAUGCAACUACUUACUGUAUCAUACACAUUUGAAUAUUGCAUUUUUCAGUAAUAAACUUGGGUAUAUUUGAAGGAA